AUGGCUUCGGUGACAUCGCUCGACAAGGACCUGCGCAAGUUGCGUCUGGACAAGUACACCCCGGGAGCCGCCAACGAGGCCCGCUCCUGGAUCGAAAGUAUCCUCGGCGAACGACUUCCAUCUUCCGAUCUGCUAGAAGGACUCAAGGAUGGCGUUGCGCUCUGCAAACUCGUUAAUCUCGCCAUCGGCCCACCCGGCGUUCGAUACAAGCAAUCUGCGAUGCCCUUCGUCCAGAUGGAGAACAUCUCACUCUUCCUCCGAGCCUGCCAGUCACCACCCCUCAACCUCCAAGAGCACGACGUCUUCCUCACCGUCGACUUGUACGAGCAAAAGGAUCCCGCCCAGGUAUUACAAUGCCUGGGCGCCUUCAGCCGCGCCGCCAACAAGCUGAACCCCGCCGCCUUUCCCUCCGCCAUCGGUCCCAAGCCUCGCUCCGGCGUCAUGAGCCCGCAGAGUACCGGUCCCCCUCCCCCCGUGACGCCCCUCCGCGGCAGAGGCCCGUCGAACUCGAGCAACACGUCUUCGGCCUACGGGACUCGCACCGUGAUUGCGCCUAGUAAAACGGGCGAUUCGGGUUCGGGGCGGUGGAGCCCUACGAAGAGCCCCACGAACGGCGGCUCGACUUCUCCCGGCGUCGCGGUUAGUAGCUGGAGCCGGAAGGAGCAUGAGGGCAGCACGGCGCCGGCCUGGAACAUUUCGCAGUACGGCUACAUGGGAGGCGCCAGCCAGGGAAACCUUGGCAUCGCGUUUGGUGGGAGGAGGCAGAUUACCAGCGCAGGGCCGUUCGUGCCUAGCCUCGCCGAUAAGGAGCGUAGGCGUAAGGAGAAGGAGGCCGAGGAGGAGAGGAUGAGGCGGGAGAUGGAGGAGGAAGAGAGACGGCGCCAGGCUGAGCUCGAGGCUGAAGAGGAGCGACAGAGACUGGAGGAAGAGCGCAGGUGGGAGGAGGAGACGCGUCGGUUGCGGGAGCAAGAGCGGCAAAAGGUAGAGGAGGAGAAGCGCAAGUGGGAAGAGGAGGAAAGGAUGUGGAAGAUCACGGAGGAAAAGCGGCGAAAGGAGGAGGAGGAAGCCAAGGCGCGCUUGGAAGAAGAGAGGCAGCGCACGAGAAGCCGCAGUCGAUCUGCCCUCAAGGGACAGUACCUCAGCCAGUACCAGGCCGAGCACGGCAUAUCCUCCGGGGGCGGCGACGGUGGCGGUGGGAGCGCUUAUACGGACAGGAUCAAGGAGUUGGAAAAGGAACUCGAGCUAGCCCGGCAACGCGAGCGCGAGUACGAGCGGGACAGGCAGCAGAGAAGUAGGAACCCGCAUGCCGAAGUGACGGCUGAGUCGCGGUCUAGAGCUCGAUCCCGCAGUCGUCCUCGGCCGCCGAGUCGUCAGGAUUCGUGGUCUAGGGAUCAGCGCGAAUAUUUGACGGUCUCGCCGCAGCCGCAGCACGCGCAGCGUCACAAGCCGCCGCCUCCCCAGGAGCUGCCUCAGCACCAGCAGCACCAGUUUGCGCCGCCCAAAUCUCCUCGGCCACUUCCCGAUCCUACGGCCAUCUCGUCACCCCCUCCGAAGGUGAGGACCCAUAACACCGGUGGACGUCCACUGCCCGACCCAGUAGCUUAUGCGGCUGCUUCGGCACCGGCCCCUGCCCGUUCUCCUGCGCCCGCUCCGGCUCCUGCUCCGGCACCUAUUUCGGCACCUGUUUCGGUGGCAGCUCCCGCGCCCGGGCCUCCUCUUCCCGCACGAGAACUACCAGUACCACAGCAACACCAACCCCGCCAAACUCAACCGCCACCGCCACAAGCCACGAGCAUGAACAUGAACCGUACGGACAGGUACCUCGCCACGAACCCCGCACCACCACAGCCCGUGCCAACGGCGACGUAUUCCCGCGAACUAGGCGCCACGGCCGAACGCGACGCAGAAGACAGACGCCGCGCGCAGCGGCAGACGGCCACCAAGGCAGGCGGCUGGGCGUCCAAGUCUCUGCUCGAAAGGGAGAUGGAGAUGGAGAGGCAGAGGCAGCGCGAGUGGGAGGAGGCGCAGAAGGAGACGGCCAAGGCUGUGCGCUCUGCGGACGGCGUGGAAGGUAUCGGCGGCGGAAUCGGCGGGCGGUGGGAUGUGAGUCAGUGGUCGGGCUAUACCGGGGGUGAUAGCCAGAAUAAAGUGGGGACGGGGAUCGGGGCCGGCAGGAGGCAGAUUGUGGGGCCGAGACCGUUGCCUGGGCCACCGAGGUGA